GGCCGGGUGAGGCCUUGAAGAACUGGCCGUCGCAGCAGCGGACUUGCCCGCAUGCUGGACACGAGUCUCAUUUGCCAGACCAUGAGGGAAAUAGUGAAUCAAUUAGAAUACGGAAGAUCAGUUGACUAUGACGGUCCUUCCUCGUCCGGUCAGCCGCGCGUCGAUGGUUCUGGACUGCUCAUGCGAGUGACUGCGCUUUGUUUGUCCGUCGAACUUUUGUCGGCACGCAUCGUCGAUCACAUGAUGGUUUAUCACGAUCAUGUGACUUUCCCGUUCGCCUAUUCAGUGAUGAAAGGUCGUGACGUUCGAAUUUUCACCACCAUAAUGUGGCUUUUUUCCGAGAAGAUGGGAAUCUUACCAUUCUAACAGCUACGCAAUGCCACCGCGCAGUCUUCCCCCAGAGAUUAUCUCCCAAAUCAUUGGGUUUCUCUCUUCACCUCUUGCCCCGUAUGCAAGUGUAUCCGGGCUGUGGCAGUGGGUUAUUGAGAAAAGCACUUUCUCAGACUUGCGCCUGAGAUCGGAUAACUUGCCAGAACUCAAGCAUAUACUGUCCUCGCCUCGUCGACGCAGCUGUCUCCGACGACUGCAUUUCCAAGCUGUUUUACCUGGAUACGACAUCCCUGCACGUAAGCUCAUGGAAAAUAACGAAGAUCGCAAACGCAAUAACCACGCAUUCACUAACAUCAUCUGCGCUCUGUUUGAAUUUCUGGCUUCGUGGGAAGUUCAAGCUUCGAUUUCGCUUUGCUUGGAGUCCUGGUCAACUGGUGACAAGAGACGUAGUGGAGAUCAUCAGAAACGAAGACGGACAGCCCGUGUAACUCGUGAGGACUUGCUCGAAUGACGGUAUGAGUGGUCCUACUUGGAACUUGUUGAGCUGGAUGGCAAGGAAAUACCCAGCGUAAAGACGAUUUCCGACUUGAAGAUCCAAGGAGGAAACGGUAUGGAGCGUAAGAUUGCACCGGCUGCUGUGUCGGCGAUUGUGGCUCGAUUACCCCAUGUACAAAGAAUCGAGGCUAGUUUAUUUGAUAAUCAAAAAGACGAUCCGUCUUUCCGACAAAGUAUGCGAGAUAGAUUUGUUUGUACCCUCCCCUAGUGGCCCGCUAGCAUAAAGCACUUGGAGCUAUGUUAUCGAGGCGACGCGCCUUUGAAUGAAAACUCUCCGCCGGUAGCCCGUUCUCAA